GAUGAAUUAUCUUUGGAUGGAGCAAGUUUCAAACAAGUGUCAUUUGAACAAUCGUUUGAAGUGGCUAAGUUUGAUUUUUCGUUAAUAUUUAUCUAUGAUCCACUAUUGGAACAUAAUAGAUUAUCAUUUCAUUUAACUUGUUCACAUGAUUUAUUUGACGAGAGUACAGUUAGAAAUAUAGGUCGAAGAUUAGAAUAUUGUUUUCGACAACUUUGUUCAUCCAAUCAAACUAUAAAUCGAAUUGAUACGUCUUUUACAUCUAUAUCGAAGUUUAAUCUUAUUCUACCAGAAGAAACUGAAGAAAUGGAAGAUGUUAUCUUUUGUCGACAAUCACAUAUUAUAAACGAAGGUAUGUUUAUCUAG